AUGUCAAUAUAUUCUAGCAGCCAAAAGACUGGAAGGCACCCAAACCAAGAAAAGGAACUAGGUUUCUCAUUUUCCUAUAAUACAACAAGCAAUGACCUUAAUUUCUCCAGAAAAAGCAAAGGCAUCUUAUAAGCACCGAUGCCAAGCAGAUUAAAUCUAAAAAGUCAAAUAAAAAGAAUUUUGCUUUUGUCUUUAAAGAGCUCCAAAAUGGUUUUAAGGCAAAGAAACAAGGGAGGGAAAAUCACAAGCACAGAAAGGAUAACGAUAAGAUAGUACCCAAGAAAGGAAUCAUGAGAAAGAUCAAUUACUACAUGACACCUUACAUGAAAGAUCUCACAUUUAAAUAAGUACAUGGAUUUCGAACACUCGAACCUGAGCGUUAACUGUGGCUAUAAGUCUCAAAGCUGCUUCCGAAAGAUAGAAUUAAAUAGAAAAGGCCAAAGGGUCAUUAAGAAUUAUAAGCUAAAUAACCUCUCCCCUGGAUGGGUAAACCUUACCGAUUUUAUUCUUAACGAAAAAUAAGGACAUAUUCCGAGCUUCAGUCAACUCUAUCCACCAAAGAAUGACUAAAGGGAUUACCCAAGUCAAAAAGAACGAUAAAUAAAGAUAACACAAUGGUUGACUCCUCAUCAUCUAACUCUUCAAGUGUAUCCUUCCGGCUACGGUCAGUUAAGAGAAGAAGCUCUAUUAAGAAAAUAAGACGGAUUAGGAAGCUUAAAUACAGAAGUAAGAUGCUAGACCCAUCUUUAAGACUGAGCCAUUACCAUACCAGAAAUAUUCAGAGACAAACUCUUCUCAACCUCCGAAGCUGAUCAAACCAAAAGCUUAGCACUGGAGACCGGUUCAAAAGUUUCUUGGAAAAGUUGAAUCAGAAUAAAAAGUUUCAUAAUAUUCCAAUUCUGGAAGAGGCCAAAGAGAAAGAGUCUUCCAAAAGGCUCAUUGAAUUCAUGAGACAGGAAACAAUGAAGAAGAAGAACCUAUCUAUCUCUGAUCCACACUCAAUAUCUUCCCUAAAUGAGUCUGAUGAAUACACUCCCAGACUUAAAGUGUCUUUACUCAAAGAUUCUUGAGAAAAAUUAAAGAACCUCAAUAUAAGGCAGUUUUCUCCAAUAGAAACCAGUACUGGAAAUAACCACAGAGAAGAAAAAGACAUUCAAGAAGUUUCACCAAGUCCGAAAGCUAGCAAAAAUCUAAAGAUGCUGGACUCCAAAAUCACAGGUAUUGACAAAAGGAGAAACGCAAGAUUUGCCACCACUAACAACUCAGUGAAUAAAGACCUUUGAAUUCCCACUUGGAAAAACUCUGGUAUCGGAUUUCAACUUAAGAAUAUGAAAAGUGAAUUAGGAAGUAACCUAGAAAAACCAGACCAAAGAAGUACAAAGCAGUCUACUUACUAUACAAAAAUGAUUAAAUCUCCGAAAUUUACUAGAUUUAUCAAAAUAACUAAGACAAAAUCUACUGAAAAAGAAUCUCUAGUUGAUAAAAUUUUAAAGAAAGACCACAAAAUUCAACAACGAAUUAGAAAUUUUCACGAAAGGAAGCUCACAGAACCCUUCCCUGCCCCCAAAAUCCCCCUUCCAAACCCCCCUCCCAGCAGCAAAAGCCAACAAAACUUAACCUCCCCUCCCCACCCCAAUUUCCCCCAAAACCCUUCAAAAUCCCUCUCCUCCCACAAAACCCCACCUCCCUCCAACCUCCACCAAAUCCACCAAGACUUCAAAUCCAACCUUUUAUCCCGAUUCGCCAACUGCUCAGCCCUAAACAAACACUUAUUCCCCUACAAAAACCCUUCAAAAUCCCCCUUCAGCCCUAGAUCCCAAGCGGCGAAAUUUAAGUCACAGUACAGAAAUAAGGCGACUGCAGGUGAAUUUUGGACAGGAGGGUUGGGAUUUAAGAGUAGGCGGUUUGUGAAGAGUGUUGAGAAUUUGACUAUGAUGUUUGUGUAAUGAUUGGUG